ACAUCUGACUCUAUUUGGGGCUGUUUUUACUUACAGAUAAGUUUUUUUUCCUGUUCUUCUCAACUGGGGCUGCUCAAACCGCAGCUCACUGGCCGCCUGCAUCCUCACAGAGAGCCCUCAGCUGCAGGAUGGGUGCCCUGCCAAUGCGCUGGGUCGUAUGGAUGUGUGUUUUCACGUUUGCAGGGAUAACAGCAGCCAGUGGCUCAAACGUGUGCACCUCCCGAGGAGCCAGCACGUGCAAGCAAUGUCUGGCCGUGCACCCCAGCUGUGCUUGGUGCUUCCAAGAGGACUUUGGCCAUGGAGUGGCCAGCUCGUCACGCUGCGACCUGAAGAAGAACCUGAUGGCCUCGGGAUGCGAUCCGUCGAGCAUGGAGUCUCCGAGCAGCAGACUCCAGGUGAUCGAGGACCGGCCUCUCAGCAACAAGGCGGCCGGAGCAACCCAGGACGUCACCCAGAUAAAGCCGCAGAAUCUGCACAUCACCCUCAGGCCAGACGACGCCAAGCGCUUCACGGUGAAGGUGCGUCAGGUGGAAGACUACCCCGUCGACCUUUACUACCUCAUGGACCUGUCCUACUCCAUGAACGACGACCUCUUCCGCCUGAGGACGCUGGGCCGAGGCCUGGCCGAAGCCAUGAACCGGACCACCAGCAACCUGCGCAUGGGCUUUGGGGCUUUUGUGGACAAGCCGCUGUCGCCGUACAUGUACAUCUCCCCCGAGGCCGCCGUCAAGAACCCCUGCCACAGCAUUAAUACCACCUGUCUGCCCCAGUUUGGCUACAAACACGUGCUGACUCUGACGGAGGAAGUGAGCCGCUUCACAGAGGAGGUGAAGAAGCAGAUGGUGUCCAGGAACCGAGAUGCCCCGGAGGGAGGAUUCGAUGCGAUCAUCCAGGCUGCUGUGUGCAAGGAGCAGAUCGGCUGGCGUCCAGGUGCUUCCCACCUCCUGAUUUUCACCUCGGAUGCCAAGACCCACAUGGCUCUGGACGGUCGGCUGGCCGGAAUCGUGCAGCCCAACGACGGGAAGUGCCACCUGAACUCUGACAACAUGUACAGCAUGUCCACCACCAUGGAUUACCCGUCGCUCGCUUUGAUCACCGAGAAGAUGUCAGAGAACAACAUCAACCUCAUCUUCGCAGUCACCAACCCUGUGGUGCCCCUUUACCAGAACUACAGCGAGCUUAUUCCUGGCACCACCGUAGGAACGUUGUCCAACGAUUCUGGAAACGUCAUCCAGCUCAUCCUGAAAGCUUAUGCUAAAAUUCGCUCCAAGGUGGAGCUGGAGCUCCUGGGCGUCCCAGAGGAGCUGUCCUUGUCUUUUAACGCCACCUGUCUGAAUGGAGAGCUCAUCCCAGGCCUGAAAUCCUGCUCUGGCCUCAAAAUAGGCGACACGGUCUCGUUUAGCGUGGAGGCCCGUGCUCGCGGCUGUCCCAAACAAAAGAAGAAAACCUUCAUCAUCAAGCCCGUGGGCUUCAAGGACUCCCUCUCCAUUACCGUCACCUUUGAGUGCGACUGCAAGUGCCAGAGCCGAGCCCAGCCCAACAGCCCCAAAUGCAGCGACGGGAACGGCACCUUCGAGUGCGGCAUGUGCCUCUGCCACCCGGGCAGGCUGGGGCCGCACUGCGAGUGCGCCGAGGGCGACUACGACCCCAGGGAGCAGGACCGCUGCAACGGUCCCGAAGGGUCUGGGGGACGGGUGUGCAGCGGCCGCGGGGACUGCGUGUGCGGCCAGUGUGUGUGCCACAGCAGCGACUUUGGAAAGGUGUGGGGCAAGCUGUGCGAGUGCGACGACUUCAACUGCCCGCGAUACAAAGGCGAGCUGUGCUCAGGCCAUGGAGAUUGCAACUGUGGUUUCUGCCAGUGCGCACCAGACUGGCAGGGCGAGAACUGUAACUGCUCCCGACGCACGGACACCUGCAUGUCCAACCUGGGUCUGCUCUGCAGCGGCAGGGGUCAGUGUGUGUGCGGGGCCUGCGAGUGCACCCAGCCGGGGGCGUACGGGGCUACGUGUGACAAGUGCCCCACCUGCCCAGACGCAUGCACCAUGAAGAAGGAAUGUGUGGAGUGCAAACACUUCAAGAGGGGCAGGCUGCAUGACGAUAACACAUGUAGUCGUAUCUGCAAAGAUGAGAUUGUGCUUGUGGAUGAAAUAGUGCUCCAUGACACAAACGCUGUGAACUGCUCGUACAAAGACGAAGACGACUGCGUGGAGCACUUCCAGUACUAUGAGGACGCCAGUGGCAAAUCCAUCCUGUUUGUGGUCAAAGAGCCUGACUGCCCUAAGGGUCCGGACAUUUUGGUGGUCCUUCUGUCCGUGGCCGGAGCCAUCUUGUUCCUCGGCCUGGCCGCUCUGUUGAUCUGGAAGCUGCUGGUUACCAUCCACGACAGGCGGGAGUUUGCCAAAUUCGAGGAAGAGCGUGCUCAGGCCAAGUGGGACACGGGUCACAAUCCUCUUUAUAAAGGAGCGACAUCUACCUUCACGAACAUCACGUACAGAGGAAAAGACUGAUGCUACUGAACGACAGAUGAGGAUUAGAGAAUGAAAUCCGGGACUAUUAAGAUCCUUUGGGCGAAAGCAACGAGUCAUGUGCAGCCUUCUACUGUCACAAAACAAUAAUGUGUGUAAAUAUGUAGAAAUUAUUCAGAGGAAGCAUCUUUGUCAGGGUCAGUCAUUCCUAUCAUACGGAUGAAAAUAGUUGUUGUUUUGUAUGAUUUACUGAGGUUCAUUUUGUUGUUCAGGCCAGAUUAAAGACUUGCUUCCCCCAUCA